UCACAAACAUUCAAAAAACAAAAUGGCGAAGGCUGGAAGCUCAAGGAGAAUUUCUCUUGAAGAUGCUGUCAAUUAUAUGCUUGAAACUGAUGAUUCUGACAUCGAUUCAUGUCAUGGGGGCCUCAGUAGUGACGAAGAAGAAAGAAUAGAUAAUGCUUUAUUGGGUUACUACUCGGAUUGGGAUGAAAAUGAUCCAAAUGCUGAUGUUGAAAGCAAUCUUGUCGGUCGCUCAUCACCGCCUCCUUCUUCACCGCCACCGCCGCUGUCCACAAACUCGACUGAAACGUUGAACAAUGAAAGUCAAGUAACUGCUCUAAAUUCUGCUGUUUCUCUAACAUUCUGUGCCAAUAAUAAUGUUCCUGACCAUGCCACAGUCACUAAUGAGCCCAGUACGAGAAUUUCUCGUCGCACGCGCCGUCCUCGAAAACAGGUUAUUGAUUUGGGGUCAACCGAUGAUGACUGCGAUAACAAAGAAAACAUUUGCGAGAAACAUACCUCUACAAAAAAAGGUAAAAAGAAGCCAGCUAACAAGAAACCAGCCAAUAAGAAGCCAGCUAAUAAGGAGCCAGUAGCACAUAAGAAUACCAAGAGUUAUGAUGAUCCAGAUACUCCAAACAUUUUGCUUGUUUUUCGAGAGGCUGUUAUCAGGCAACUAACCAGUAUGGAAGAGUAUGCAGAUCCUCCUGUUUACAAUAACUUCCAAGCUCCCAUUGAUAAGAGAUAUAACACUGAACAUAUGCCGGUAUUCACCGAAGAGAAACGAAAUUGUAAAGUCUGUUACGCAGAGUUGAAGAAGCAAGUCCGUGUUUACACGAAGUGUUCUGCUCCACAAUGUGAUGUUUAUUUGCACUUUACAAAAGAAAAUAAUUGUUUUCAGAAGUGGCAUACAACAUUCAAACACUAGGAAAAACAUUCAUUUGUGCAAAUUUUCUUUUGUUUGUAUUCCUGUUCUUUAUUAGGAUUUGAACCGAUUAUUCGUCGGUUUACGAUAAUUCUCUAAAUAGGAGGAGGCUGCUUCAUGUGACCAUAUCUCCGGAA